CUGGAGAGACGUGCCCCCUCUCUCGUCUCCUCUCCUCUCCUCUCGCCUCCUCCGCAGUGCACUUGCAGCAGCUUAGCAGUACUCCGGACAGGACGGUCUCUGCACCUCCACCUCCACCUCCACCUCCUCCUCUCCAACUCUUCUUCUCUUCUUUUUCUUCUUCUCCUCCUCCUCCUGUGUGCUGGUGCCACAUCUGACUCCAGUCCAGAGGUCCCGGACAGACUCGUGAUGCGCUGCUCCUCUGCACAAGAUCUGUUUCUGUGUGACUCCAGCAGGCGACGCAGGAUGACUACUACUUUAUCGCUGGUGACUCUGUGCGCUUUGGUGAUGUUAGCGUUGGCGUCCAAGACGGGCCGGGCGGUGCAGGUGCCCUGCGACUCCGGCAAGUACACCACCAACGGAGAAUGCUGCGAGGAGUGUCCACCCGGAGAGGGAGUGGUGAAGAAAUGCGGCGCCACGCAGACCAAAUGCUCCCAGUGUUUGGACAGUGAGACCUACUCGGAGCACUACAGCGUCACAGAGCAGUGCCGGCCCUGCACCGAGUGCACCGGCCUGAUGCGGAUGGAGACGCCCUGCACCGACUCCAACGACGCCAACUGCAUCUGCAACUACAACUUCUUCUUCGACGAGGUGCAAGGCCAGUGCGAGCCGUGUACGGUGUGCCCGGCGGGCCGGGGCGUGUACUCGCACUGCGAACACGAGCACGACACGGUGUGCGAGGAGUGCGUGGACGACACCUACUCCGACCGGGACAGCUCCCUCGACCCCUGCCUGCCCUGCACCCUCUGUGACGAGGACAGUGAGAUACAGCUGGGGGAGUGCACGCCCAACAUCGACUCUAUCUGCCACAGGAGAGACAUCAGUGUGGGAGAGCGGACUGCAGCUUGGAUCAUGUGGGACACAUAA